CUGCAGCUUAGCUCUUUCUUAUAUGGUAAUUUCUACUUCGUAAUGAUACUAUGAAACUGCCCUAGCUGAAGCUGUCAGGUCUCAUAUAAAUGAUCUGCACAGUAUGCUAAAGCGCCGCUCGAAGAAUAUUGCCCUUCGAUGGCAAAUCAUCUAGCUCCCCCCUAUAAGCUAAUUUAUACAAUUACCUAUGCUGGGUUUUAUGAUCUGUCAUGCCCAUAAGAAGAAUCUCUCUUAAUAUGGACGCUAAUCCACCUUACAUUGCCUAAUGAUCUAAUAUGGAAGGUCGUAUUCGAAUAGGUAACGUCGGGGCUUCGUGUUGGGUAUAUAUAUAUGAAUGUUGAACUACCCAGGCUAGUAUACAAUGUCUCAAGUCCUACCACAGAAGUCAAGCUUGCUCUUCAUCACACUAUAAAGAAGAUCUAGCACACCCUUCUCGCUAUGUAUAUCUCUAAGAUCGCGGCGCUUGCGCUUCUUGCGCCUUGCACGCUUGUCUCCGCCACUCCGGUCUUCAAGAACCACGGAACACUAGAUGGAUGGGAUGGGACCAACCACGAACAUAAAGGAACCGUAACUCAGGUCGACAACGUGUCUUACAACUCAGGCUCGUCGAUCAAAGUGGUUCAGAUAUACGACUCUGGCUACACUGGCAGAUACCACUCGGAAGUCUACAAGAAAGACGUCUACAAAGUCGGCGACGAGGGGUUCUACGGCUUCGCUUUCAGGCUGCACUCAACUUGGGACACCUCGUCCAAGCAAUCCUACAACAUCGCGCAGUUCAUCAGCAACCUGGAGGACAACCCCGACAACACGUGCGGGGAUGGCUUCAUCCCCUCGAUGAUGAUGUGGGUCGAGGGCAACGAGCUCAAGAUCCGCAGCAAGGGCGGCAACAUGUGCGAUAGCACCCUGAAGAAGUUCUCGGUCGGCACGAUCAAGCCGGGGUCUUGGCACCGCGUCGUCCUCCAGGCCAAGUGGGAAAGCGACAGCUCGGGCUACUACAAGGUCUGGUUCGACGGGAAGCAGGCGCUGGAGGAAUCGGGCAUCAUCACUACGUACAGGGACGCGCAGAAGAAGUACGGCUUCCAGUUCCGCACCGGCUUGUAUGCCAAUAGCUGGCACGACGACAAGCGCAUGGAUGGAAGCCAGGGCACCCGACAACUGUGGAUUGAUGAGGUUGCUAUCGGAAACAAGUAUGAGGAUGUGGACCCCGGGGUUCAGCAGUAAUCGUGUGGUAAUUGUAGGUUGUUUCGGAUGGCCUUUUUAUAAGAUGUUUAAUGAUUUGUUAGUUUCGGCAGUUAAUCAGAAUGUUAUAUAUAUAUAUAAUCCAUGGCUUUGUUAAUUUCUUGAGCUGUUCAAUGGUUCAAAGAGAUGGGAGAUAAGAUAUAGUUGAGUGCACGCAUAUCCGGGGUAUAAUUAAGACUAGCCAAUAGGAGUUGUCAUAGAAUAAGGAAUAGGGUAGGUAACUACAUAGCUAUGAUUAUAAUUUAUGGUCUAUGAAUACACCUAAGUCAG